AUGCUGCAGAAAGAUGAUGAAAACCAGCUCGCUAAGAUUGGUGAGAUGAAGAUAAUAAAGCUCUUGAAAAAUGAACCUCGGGUUAUAUACUUCAAAAGGUCAUACUCCGAAGAGGAGUACAAGAAAGCGGUAGUCAUAAAGAGACGAAGGGAGAUAGAUGUUAUCGUAUCAAAAGCAUAUGAGGAUAAGCCCGGAAUAUCAGAGAGAAAAACAGAUCUAAUGGAAUUAGUAGAAAAAAAUCUCAUUCCAAGAUAUUAUAGAUCAUUCUUUGAAGCCUUAUAA